AUGUUGACGGCAACACUGCUUUCCGCGACGAUUUUCGCCCUCGCCUCUACGGCUUCAGGUCAUUCAUCUCACGGAGCAGAUGAUCAGGCUCCGCUCACAGAAGAUCGAAUCACCCGGUGGAAGUCUGGAUAUACAUUUACUGGGAUCCAGACGUUUGCGCAUCUGCCGCAUGUCGAAUGUCUAGUUGACCAGGAAGCUUCCUUCGACAUCGCAGUCAUUGGAGCACCAUUCGAUACCUCUGUUGCAUACCGUCCAGGAGCGCGGUUUGGUCCGCGGGCCAUCAGAAGUGCGAGCCAGCGUCAGAUACCCUCCAGAGGCUUUAAUCCUGUCCAAGGAAUCAAUCCAUACCAGAAUUGGGCUACAUUCCUAGAUUGCGGCGAUAUUCCAAUUACUCCAUUUGACAAUGCAGUAGCCUUCACGCAGAUGACCGAAGCUUAUCGUGAUCUGCUUCGGAGACCAGCGCGCACCCAGCCCACUGCAGCGACCCCUGGUGUCAAGGGAAAGGAUGGUGUUUAUCAUCCGCGCCUGAUGACGCUCGGCGGAGAUCAUUCUGUAGCUUUGCCUGCACUUCGAGCAUUGAACGAAAUCUAUGGACCCAUCAGCGUGCUUCACUUUGAUAGUCAUCUCGAUACAUGGGCGCCGAAUAAUCUAGCUGGUUAUUGGAGCUCCGCUCAAUCUGACUUCACUCACGGAUCAAUGUUCUGGAUUGCUCACAACGAAGGUUUGAUAGCGAACGGGACCAAUAUCCACGCAGGUUUGAGGUCGCGCAUAUUUGGAGGCGAUUUCGCAGACUAUGAUGAUGAUGCAAGGCAAGGGUUCCAUUAUAUUGAGACGCACGAAAUCGACGAGAUAGGGGUGAAGGGUAUUGCCGACACCAUCAAGCAAGUCGUCGGCGACUCGUUGGUUUAUCUCAGCAUCGACAUCGAUAUCCUAGAACCAGGCCUUGCGCCAGGAACCGGUGCGCCGGAGCCAGGAGGUUGGACAACGCGGGAAGUUAAAGCUAUCCUGCGAAGUCUGACCUCUCUAAACAUAGUCGGAGCCGACGUGGUCGAAGUAGCACCGCAAUACGACGACGCAGGUGAGUCGACGGCGUGGGCUGCGUCGGAUCUAAUCUUCGAGGUCUUCGGCCUGAUGGUCGGAAAGCCAUUGUAUCCGGUUGACGGGUAUGUCGAGAGGAAGACGCAUAACCGGGCACCACGCCCGAAUGAACAAGUGGUAAGGGAGGGUGUGAAGACAGAGUUAUGA